GUAACCUCCUUCCCAGAACCUUUUACCUCGUACAGGCGGUACGAAGACAGAGAAAAAAAGAUCAAUACAGGAUGUUGUGGAAAGUUUUUCUGUUCUUUUGUUUUUAUAUAAAUAUUUCUACGAAUUAAUAGUUUUAAUUUUUCAUGAUCUUAUUCACAAUAAAGUAGUUUACCAGUCAAGAAACGUUUGUAAUUCUACCGCUUGUUCAUAUUUGCUGUCCACUUUAUAUGUAAUUCUACCGCUUGUUCAUAUUUACUGUCCACUUUAUAUGUAAUUCUACCGCUUGUUCAUAUUUGCUGUCCACUUUAUAUGUAAUUCUACCGCUUGUUCAUAUUUGCUGUCCACUUUAUAUGUAAUUCUACCGCUUGUUCACAUUUGCUGUCCACUUUAUAUGUAAUUCUACCGCUUGUUCACAUUUGCUGUCCACUUUAUAUGUAAUUCUACCGCUUGUUCACAUUUGCUGUCCACUUUAUAUGUAAUUCUACCGCUUGUUCAUAUUUGCUGUCCACUCUAUAUGUAAUUCUACCGCUUGUUCACAUUUGCUGUCCACUCUAUAUGUAAUUCUACCGCUUGUUCACAUUUGCUGUCCACUUUAUAUGUAAUUCUACCGCUUGUUCAUAUUUGCUGUCCACUCUAUAUGUAAUUCUACCGCUUGUUCACAUUUGCUGUCCACUUUAUAUGUAAUUCUACCGCUUGUUCAUAUUUGCUGUCCACUUUAUAUGUAAUUCUACCGCUUGUUCAUAUUUGCUGUCCACUUUAUAUGUAAUUCUACCGCUUGUUCAUAUUUGCUGUCCACUUUAUACUGACUACCGACUUUUUAACUGACCAGACAUUUUUACUUUUUUUUCCCGGUUUUUGCUUGUCCGUUUUAAGUGCAUUAAGAAACAAAAUGGCUUAAAAAUAAGAAUAAAAGGUCGUAGGUAUUUUAAGUUGGAAUUGUAAUAAUGGAAAGAUAAACUAUAUACCUCUUUCCAAACAAUAUAGUGGGGAAAAAAUGACUUACCUUGUGCAUGUGAUUAUUAACUAAAGUGAUUUUUUGUGCCGCCCAUUUUUACCAACAAGGUAUUAAAAAAAAUUAAGUACUGGGUUUCUCUGAUGUGUUUUUUAUCAGAUAUUGACGAAUGUGCAAGAAACAUGCAUAACUGUCACACGGACGCCACAUGUCAAAACUUGAUUGGUUUAUUCAAUUGCUUCUGUAAAGUUGGUUUGGAAGGGAAUGGGACACAUUGUAAAGAUAUUACUGAAUGUAGUUCGAAUAUUCAUAAUUGCAGCCAAGUUGCGACGUGUUAUGAAAUGUACGCAUCAUAUUCGUGUGUCUGUCACACGGGAUACACGGGAGAUGGAUUCAGUUGUUACGGUAACAAAGUAAUUCCGGUUAAGUUUAUUUCGCAACUUUUUGGUACUUUUAUUUUACCAGGGUUUUAUUUAGAUGUCAAUGAGUGUAGCCUUGGAGGAAAGAAUACGGAAGGAGAAACAACUUCAUUUCUGUGCGCUUUAAAUGUAUUGAAUUUUCUAUUGUUUUUAAUUUCAAAAGAAUCAGUGCGUGAGGUGCUCGAUCGAGUCUUUUUCGCAAAAAAAAUGAUCAAAUUCCAUAUUCUCCUUUAUUAGGGGCUAACUUUUUUUGUAUUGAAAUCUGACUGGAACACGCUGCAGGCACGUGAUUAUUGUAUGGAAAGUGUGCCUAAUAUAAGUCGGUAAACAUUGCUGUUAAAAACUUCAACAAUACGUUUGGAAAUAGGCGUUUAACCAUGAUAUUAACCUUUUUUUGCAUGCUUGAGUAUACCACUUUGAUCAUGAAAAACAAUAUAGAUAGAUAUGCGCCGGACGAGUGCCGACAAAAUGUGUGCUGGAUUAAUGUUUAUUCUAACUAAAGAAAUAACUUCUUAUAACAGAACGUCGUUUUAAAACGAGAUAUAAACUUUUUCUUUUUGUUUACAAAAGUUUCGAGCAUGUGCUUCUUCGCUAAUUAUGUUAACAUGAAAACAAAAGAAAUUUUACCGAUUUCAAUAUGGGUUCUUGUUUUGAUAAUACUAUCAAAUUCAUCAUCAAAUUAUCUAAUUGUUUUUAUAACCAAUCAUAGUUGCGAAUUGUUAUUCACGAAUAAUUUAGUCACUCAACCGCCAAAAUUUCAAAUUAAGUUUCUAUACAGACACCUACUAGAACCUCACGCAGUGUUUCAAUAGAAUUAAAAGAGUUGUUUCUCCUUUCGUAUUCUUUCCUCCAAGGUGUAGCGAAGAAACGGAUAAUUGCUAUAACAACGCUACGUGUCGAAACUUGAUUGGUUCUUUUAACUGCACAUGUGAUGAUGGCUUCAUGGGGAAUGGAACAUUCUGUGAUG